AUGUCGAAAGAAAACGGAAACGGAGGAAAAGCGGCGGAAGAGCCUCUUUUCGAUAUCGGACAAACGUGAGUGAAGGGAGAGGUGGCCGUGUGAAUUCUAGUCCCUCAUUUCCAGAAUCAAGGGUUACAAACUAGUGAAAAAGAUCGAUGAAGGCGGAUUCGGAAAAGUGUUCAAAGUGUCGGACGACGACGGGAAAACGUUUUGCGCGAUGAAACUGGAGCCGGACAACCUCGAGGGCGGCUCGGCGAUCAAAGCGGAGGUACGGACGCGCGCGCGGCAACUCCGAUUUUCCAAUGAAUUUCCAAUAGGCCAAUGCUCUGAAGCACCUGCCCACCGGAAACGUGUUUCCUUCGAUGAAGUGUUUCGGCCGACGUCCGAAAUUCCAUUUUCUCGUUAUGGAACUGCUCGGCGACAAUCUGAAAGUGCUGAAAGCGCGCAGUCCGAAUCCGGAUGCAUUUUCCGAUGGGACCUGGUCCCGAGUGGGCAUUCAGUGCCUUUAUGCGUGAGUUUAUUGCUAACGCGCUCCGCCGCACUUUUGUUUUUCGCAGUCUGAAAAUGAUGCACGACUACGGAUUCGUGCACCGUGACAUCAAGCCGGCCAACUUUGCGGUCGCCCUCAAUUCGGCCGCCCGAAAGAUCAUGCUCUUCGAUUUUGGACUCGCGCGCCGGUUCGUGAAGCAGCAGGAAGAGCCGAUUGUGGUGGUGAAGGCGGCGCCGUCGAGGACGAUUCAGAAGACGACGAUGACGAAGACGACGGUCGGAGGACCGAUGAAGAAGGGCGGCAAGAAGGCGGCGGGGACGGAAGCGAAGCAGGAUGGGGCCACGGUCAGUGUGAUCUUCAUGUCUCGUACUGUACUUUUGUACUUGACCACUUUUUUCUAGGACUACUCCCCGGGGUACUGUAGCUCUUGGAAGUUGGGGCCAGUUCAGAGCCUUCAAAAGUAACCCCCAACUUCCAAGAGCUACAGUAAUUUUUGGAGCGAUUGUAGGAUAUCAGUAAUGCUCUGAUUUCCAGAAAAAGAUCAGAAAUCGUCUUAUUGCUCCAAAAGUGACAAACAAAGCCAACAAUAACAAUAACAACAACAGCAUGAAAACAGUCGAGGAGAAGGAGAAAGCGGUCACUUUCAAGUUCCGUAAGGCGCGUCCGAGCACGGAUUUCCGCGGCACCGACAUGUACGCAUCGCCGAACGCCCACGCACUGAAGGAUUUGGUACGUGGCCGAGGAUUCGCACGGCCACCAACCAGUUGUUGAUAUAUUGUAGGGCCGCGCGGACGACGUGUGGUCGCUGAUGUACAUGAUCGCCGAGCUUUUCGUCGAAUUGCCGUGGACCGGCGACUCUCCGAUUCCCGUCGAGGACAUGAAGAAUCAGGCGACCCUUUUGAGGGUGUAUACCGAUGGUAGGCUUGGAUUGGACUACAGUAAUUCUACAGUAAUCCAAUCAGCACAGAUCGCCGUCCGGACCGGCUGACGGCGCAAAUGGAGAAGCAGUUGGAUGCGAUCGAGGCGAUGCUCCGGGCCGCCAACUAUUAUCAGCAUCCAAAUUAUGAACUUGUGCACGUGUUCCUGAAGGAAGUGAUGACAAAGUCAAACGCCACGUGGAAUUCUGCGUACGACUGGGAGAGCACGAAAUCGACCGAAGAGCAGUUGGCGGCGAGAAAGCAGAACGACGCGCCGUGGGAGCUGCCGGGACCGUUUUUCAAGGUUCGGAAGCGUUUUGACAAAAAACUGUCAACUGGAAAAGUGAUUAGGAUGAAAUUUGUGACAACUUUGUAGUUGACAACUUUUUUCUACCUCUACUCCCCGGGAUACUGUAGCUCUUGGAAGUUGGUGCUAGUUUAGAGCUUUGUACCCCAGAAUCUGGUUUCGGACAAAAUGUUGUUCGGAGUUUAGUGAUCGAAUAGAAAAGUUUAUGAAUUGAAACUUUCAGAUUGACAAAUGGGCCAAUCUGAAAGCCCCUUCCCCGCCGACUUCCACAAAAAAGUCGCCGCAAGCGAGAAACGACAGAGGAACGAAGAAGUUGAGCAAAGAGAGCACGACGAAUGUGAGAAACGUUUGGAGCGAACGCAUUUUCCACAAUUAAAUUGUUUCAGAAUGACGAUGACGAAGCUGGAAACCCGUCGAAAACGCGUGCACAAUCGGUGAACAAGACGAAGAGCGGGGUAACCGUGGAGGCGAAAAAGUCGCGGAAUUUCAAGAGAGACGGAGAAUAA